AUGGCGGAGACCAAAAUCAUUUAUCACAUAGACGAGGAGGAGACUCCCUAUUUGGUUAAACUGUCCGUUUCUCCGGACAAAGUCACCUUAGCCGAUUUCAAAAAUGUCCUCAACAAUCGACCCGUCCACAGCUACAAAUUCUUCUUCAAAUCGAUGGACCAGGAUUUCGGGGUUGUCAAAGAAGAGAUUUCUGAUGACAAUGCCAAGCUGCCUUGCUUCAACGGCAGAGUUGUGUCCUGGUUGGUGCUUGCAGAGAACACUCACUCUGAUGGAGGAUCGCAGUGCACAGAGAGCCAUCCGGAUCUGCCCCCACCCCUCGAAAGAACAGGCGGCAUUGGUGACUCGCGGCCCCCUUCCUUCCACGCCAAUGCGGUGAGCAGUCGUGACGGCCUGGAUACUGAAACGGGCACGGAGUCGCUCCUCAGCCACCGACGUGAGCGUGAAAGGGAGCGUGCGCGGAGGAGAGCUCGAGAAAACGAGCUCCCUCGCAUCAAUGGCCACUCAAAAUCUGAGCGCACUGCAAGGGACUCGGCCAUGGGUUACGACAGCGCCUCUGUGAUGAGCAGCGAGCUGGAGUCCAGCUCAUUCGCCGACAGCGACGAAGACGAAGAUGCCAGCAGGCUGAGUAGCUCCACUGAACACAGCACCUCCUCCCAGCUGAUGCGCAGGCACAAGCUUCGCAGGCGGAGGCACAAAGUGGCCAAGAUAGACCGGUCUUCAUCCUUCAGCAGCAUCACCGAUUCCACCAUGAGCCUCAAUAUCAUCACCGUCACACUUAAUAUGGAGAAGUACAACUUUCUGGGAAUCAGUAUUGUGGGUCAAAGCAACGACCGUGGUGACGGUGGAAUCUACAUCGGCUCCAUCAUGAAGGGUGGAGCUGUGGCUGCUGAUGGCAGGAUAGAACCCGGAGACAUGCUCCUGCAGGUGAACGAUGUCAACUUUGAAAACAUGAGCAAUGAUGAUGCUGUGAGGAUCCUGAGAGAGAUCGUUUCCAAAACCGGUCCUAUUAGUCUUACUGUUGCCAAAUGCUGGGACCCAUCUCCCCGAAGCUACUUCACCAUCCCUCGUGCUGAGCCAGUGAGGCCCAUUGAUCCUGCUGCCUGGAUUUCACACACCACUGCCCUGACAGGACCAUUCCCCCACUACGAUUUUGAUGAAUUACCUCUAUCAACGAGUAAAACCGACAUGGCAACCAUUGUCAAGAUUAUGCAGUUACCAGACUCAGGCCUGGAGAUUCGGGACCGGAUGUGGUUGAAGAUCACCAUUGCCAAUGCUGUCAUUGGUGCUGAUGUGGUAGAUUGGCUCUACUCCCGGGUGGAGGGCUUCAAAGAUCGGCGGGAUGCUAGGAAGUAUGCCAGCAGCUUGCUGAAACAUGGCUACCUGAGACACACUGUCAACAAGAUCACCUUCUCUGAACAGUGUUACUACACUUUUGGGGACCUCUGCCAAAACAUGGCGUCUCUUAAUUUAAACGAGGCAUCUAGCGGAGGUGGGUCUGAGCAGGACGCUUUGGCGCCGCUCCCUCCUGCUGCCAACCCAUGGCCCAUGGGGGGGCAACCAUUCCCCUACCCCCCCUUCCCUUCAGCGCCCCCCUGCUUCCCACCGGGAUACUCGGACCCGUGCCACAGUUUCCACAGCGGGAGCGCAGGCAGCCAGCACAGUGAGGGAAGCCGUAGCAGUGGAUCCAACCCCAGUGCAGGCAAGGGGAGACGUUCCUCCCCGCAGGAGAAGACCCACAAGUCGACAUGCAGCGAGUCGGAGGCAGGCAUGCGCGGGGGUAAGCGCAUCGAUAGGUGCGCCAGUCAGAUGAGUCAUCGCAGCCACGCCCGAUCGAGUCACAGCCAGUCACACAGGAGCCACCAGGCCCCCUUCAACUACAGCCAAGCGCCCUUCUCCCAGCACGGGCCAGGCUCGUGCGCCCGCAGCGAGCGAAGCCACGCGUCAUCUUACGGGCCCCCCGGCCUUCCUCCACCUUACUGUCUGGCCCGCUUGGCUCCCAAGGCUUCGGUCAGCAGUGGCACACCACCAGGAGCGCCACCCGGGAGAGAAUUGGCCGCUUUCCCCCCCGAGCUCACCGCCAGCCGCCAAUCCUUCCAGCACGCUAUGGGCAAUCCCUGCGAGUUUUUUGUUGACAUAAUGUGA